AUGCAAUCAAAUAACAACAACGCACCAACAACCACUUCUUCACAUUCAGCAACGGGUACAAAUGGAAAUGACGAAGACGUAAAUCUAAUUGGUCCAUUUGCUGUUGUACCAAAACAAGAUUGUCCACAUGUUGAAAAUCGUUCUUAUACAUUACCAACAUCAGCACAAAAAAUUGAUGGUCAUCAACCACCAUGUGAGAUAUGUCAUGAAAUAACAGAAAAUUGGGUAUGUUUAAAUUCAUCAUGUUCUAUAAUUGGUUGUAGUCGUUAUCAACAAAGGCAUAUGUUACAACAUUAUGAAACAAGUGGACAUAAUAUAUGUUUAAGUUUAUCGGAUCAUUCAUUUUAUUGUUUCAAAUGUGAUUCGUAUAUUGAUCAUCAAAAUUUUCAACAAGUUAAAACACAAUUAAUGUCCGAAUAG